CACCCUUUUCCCAUUCACAUUUUCAUUAUGGGUGUCGGUCGUCGUAUGAAGAAGCAGGGCCCUCCGGCCCCGCUGGAUGAGUCUAAGAUCACCAUCUACAAGAAGCGCAAGGCUGGUGAGCCCGAGUCGAAGCCCGAGACGGGAAAGAAGCGGAGAAGAUCUGAUGCCGAUGAGGAGAAGGUCGCGAAGCCCGCCGUUAAGAAGAAGGCCAAUGGCGCUGUUAAUGGCAAGGCGACCAAGGCUGAGGCUAAGCCUAAGGCUGAAUCCAAGCCCAAGGCUAAGGCCGUCGAGAAGAAGCCGCAGUUCAUGGACUCCGACGAUGAGGACGACGAUGAGGAAAUGUCUGGUAUUGAGGAGAUGGAUGCCGAUGAGUUCGACGAUCUGGACGGUAUCAGCGAUGGCUCGAUGGAUAGCCAGGAGGAGGACAACGACUCGUUCGUCGAUUCCGACGAUGAUGACCACCCUCGCGAAACUAUGUUCUCCGACGACGAAGACCUCUCCGACGCUGAAGAAAAGCUGACCGCUGCCAACAUCGAGGGUUUGUCGCGCAAGCUGGACCUGCAGAGACAGGAAGACGAGGAGGAGGCCGAGCGCGAAAUGAAGGAAUCCGCCAUGCAGACCAACAUCGCUGGUGACCGUCCCGAUGUCUUUGGCGACGCCGAGGGCACUCAGCCCGGCCUGGCUCCCGAUCUCCAGCUGCUCCGUACCAGAAUUACCGACACCAUCCGUAUCCUGGGUGAUCUGAAGACCCUCGGUGCCCCCGGCAAGUCUCGUACCGAUUACACCCAGCUGCUCAUCGCCGACAUCUGCACCUACUACGGCUACACCCCCUACCUAGCCGAAAAGCUCUUCAACCUCUUCACCCCCAUGGAAGCCUUCGCCUUCUUCGAAGCCAACGAAACCCCCCGUCCCGUCGUCAUCCGUACAAACACCCUCCGCACCAACCGUCGUUCUCUCGCCCAGGCGCUCAUCAACCGUGGUGUCGUGCUCGAGCCCGUUGGCAAGUGGUCCAAGGUCGGUCUCCAGGUCUUCGAAUCUGCCGUUCCCCUCGGUGCCACCCCCGAAUACUUGGCCGGUCACUACAUCAUCCAAGCCGCCUCUUCUUUCCUCCCCGUCAUGGCCCUCGCCCCGCAACCCAACGAGCGUGUUCUCGAUAUGGCCUCCGCCCCCGGUGGUAAGACCACCUACAUCUCCGCCCUGAUGCGCAACACCGGCUGCGUCAUCGCCAACGAUGCCAGCAAGCCCCGUGCCAAGGGUCUGAUCGGUAACAUCCACCGUCUGGGCUGCAAGAACACCAUCGUGACCAACAUGGAUGCCCGCACCGCCUUCCCCAAGGCCAUGGGUGGUUUCGACCGUGUCCUUCUCGAUGCCCCCUGCACCGGUACCGGUGUCAUUUCUAAGGAUCCCGGCGUCAAGACCUCCAAGAACGAGCGCGACUUCCUCGCCAUCCCCCACAUGCAGCGCCAGCUUCUCCUCGCCGCCAUCGACUCCGUCGACCACGCCUCCAAGACCGGCGGCUACAUCGUCUACUCCACCUGCAGUGUCACCGUUGAAGAGAACGAAGCCGUCGUGCAGUACGUCCUGCGCAAGCGCCCCAACGUCAAGCUCGUCGACACCGGCCUCGGCGACUUCGGCAGCCCCGGUAUGACCAGCUACAUGGGCAAGCACUUCGACCCCAAGAUGACCCUCACGAGACGCUACUUCCCCCACCGCGAGAACGUCGACGGUUUCUUCGUCUGCAAGCUCAAGAAGACCGCCGCCUCCCCUACCCCCAAGCCUGGCGAUGCCGCUGCCGCUGCCGCUACCUCUACCGAUGGCACCUCCGCCAAGAAGUCCAAGACCCCCUCCGUCGCCUCCACCACCACCGAUGACGACGAACCCAUCGACAAGACCCCCAUCACCGACGAAGACGGCAUGGUCAUCGAAACCGAAGGCGGCAGCUUCGGUCCCUUCGAAGAGGACGAGGAAGACGCUGCCCGUAUCGCCCGCGCCGAGCGCAACCGUCUCCGCCGUAAGGGUCUGAACCCUAAGGCUGUUCUGAACAAGCCCGCCAAGACCAAGUCCAAGGACGAGUCCUCCGACUCUCCCGCUGCCGAGAAGAAGACCGAGGAAAAGAAGGAGAAGGAGACCCCUAAGAAGGAAUCAAAGGAAGAGAAGCCCAAGCCCAAGUCCAAGACUGAGUCCCCCAAGCCCGCCACCAAAACCAAGACAGACACAGAACCCUCCACCACGACAAAGAAGCAGCAACAAAAACCCACCACUACUGCGCAAGAACCCACAGAGAAGAAGACGAAGAAGACCGCUAAGAAGACAAGCAAGAAAUGAGUAACCCAUUUUCUGCUCUCUUGAUUGACUCUUUACUUCCCCUUCUUGUAAUCUAACUCAUGAGGUGAUUGUUGUUGUUGAUGUUCAUGGUUUGACAUAAAAAGCAUUUAUUUGUCUUGUUAUUGUCUUGUCUUGUCUUGUUGGUUCUGUACGGGCGGCGCAUGCAUAUGUUUCUUUAUAUUUCUCUUUUCUUUUUCUAUUUUAUUUUUGGUAUGAUGAUGAUGAUGAUGGUGGUAGAUAGAUAGAUAGCUUCGUUCUUCUACUUGGGCUGAGUGAGUGAGUGAGUUGAGUCGAGUCGAGUCAAUAGAUACCAUUAUUUUCUUCUU